UCAAUUUGAAUGUCAUUCAAAUUGCAUUUACAUAUAUUUUAUUAAAUAAUAUACACAAACAUGCCUAAAAUAACAGACCGUGCCACAAUUUGCUGGAAAGACAAAAAUGAUAAUAUUAUUACCGAAGAAGUCAUCACCUAUGAAUGCCUAGACGCAGAAGAAGAAGAAAUUGAAGAAGAAUCAGCAGCCACGCCUGAAUCAUCAUCAACUUUUUCAUUCACCAAUGUAAGCGCUUUGAGUACCGACGAGAGUGAAGACAAUGAUUUUGAAAAACUCAUGGUUACUUUGGUCCUUGAAGAUUUACUAGAAAAAUUAGCGAUUUUACGAUGUACCUCACAAGGUGAACAUAGUCCAAUGACUAUAAAAUAUCCUGAAUAUAAAACACUUGAUGAUCGUUAUGGUCAAGUAUUGGAAUUCGAAGAGAAUCAGUUCUCAGAGUCGAAAAAACGUUACGCAGAUUUAAACAUGAUUUACUCAGUGAUUUACAAAACUUUGGAACAGAUGGGAUUGAAUGGAUCUUAUGCACCUUUAGUUGAAGCAACACGUAUCAUGAAAAAAACUUUUGAGGACGAAGAAAAGCUUGAGGUUGACGAAGAAGAAACUCGUAAUCAAGAAGAAGAACUCAAGAGACAGCUGCAUAGUCAACGCAAAGAGUUAGAAUCAACUUACAAUGAUAAAUUAGAACAACUACGACUUUUAGAAGUCGCUCAUGAGGAUGCCAUAGCAUAUGGAAAACUGGAAUAUAAAUAUUUAGAAAAUUGGGAGGCUGCACGUCUGCAUCAAGCACAAGUCAUUCAAGAACAGGACGAAAAUAACUAUCGUGACAUCAUUUCAACUAAUAAAACAAACAUUGAGCUAGAAAAUCGAAUUCAUGGUGAAUUAGUGCGGUAUUUUGAUGAAAACGCUGAGGAUUUAUCUAACGAAACAACUUAUUGGAUGUACCGAUAUGAAACCGAAAUGGAAACCCGUGAAGCAGAAUUACUCAAACUGCGCAUGGAUCGUGAUGCACAAAUGGAAAAAUACAUGCAACUUAAAGCCACAUAUGAAAGUCAGAAAGAAUUCAUUGACCAUUGGAAUAAAGUGCGAGAAGAACGAAGAAUAGCUGCGGAAAUUCAUGCGAAACAAACAGCAGCUGCGAAAAAGAUUCAAGACUGGUGGCGACGUACUAUGAAACGGCUAAAAAUAGGUCCGUAUGGGAAAAAGAAGAAAGGAAAGAAGGGAGGUAAAAAAAAGAAAAAAUAACUUACACGAAAUUUAUCCCAGUUGAUGGACGUCGCGAUGGGUUGCAGUUGCAUUUUAAGCAUUUCCAAAUCCUGCAUUAUAAUGUUACUUUGAUCUGUGGAAUCUUUGACUAUACUGCUGACGCUGUGCAAUUCAUUAGACAAUUUGGCGACGUGCAUUUCGUACUCAAUUUUACUUUUCUCAAAAAACGCUAUAAAAAUUUUAUUCUCAUUUAUAAAAUACUUAAAAAUUGAUAGUAAAAAAUUAAAUAAUUACCUUUUGUA